GUGCCACACAAUUGCAGUGAUACGCACCGCCUAUGAAGAGGCAGAGUCCUCGUCCCAUGCUGUUCGAGCCGUUCAGGUAUUGCUUCCCGGUGGUCUCCAGAGGCUCGCUAUUUGGCGGCCAUGUGGCUAGGGCCUCUUCAGGUCGCCGCCUUGUAAUGGCGUUGACGAUCGCUUAAAAGCCAUGGACCUGCAUGCAGCUGUCCAGUAUGGUCCCGUGUUAAUCAUCGAUCUGUCACUGCCAUUUGUUCUCCUCGCUCUGCCGAGUCGACACCGUUGCCUUUCUUCAGACACUCACAAACAGGUUUCGCCGCAUGUUUUGUCGCCCAUACAUCGUGGACUACAUCUGGGACGACGUUCCUACCCUCAGAGCAUGCGCGGUGACGUGCCACAACUGGGUCUGGCGGGCACAAAGGCACAUAUUCCGCAGGGUCAUUAUCAACAGUGCCUCUCGCUUUGAGCGAUUUACGCGGCUCCUGAAGGCGAAACCUCGAUUCGCGCUGUGCGUGCGGGUGCUCGUCAUUGCAAAGGCGAGACGGGGGAAGACAAAGGUGGACAAAGGCUGGCCGGAGCUGCUGCAGAGGCUGCGAGGAGUCGAGGACCUCACCAUCGGCCGCCACAUCGACCUGUUUACAAUGCACGAGGACGUCAGGCAGAACCUGCCAACGCUCUUCCCCCGUGCUUCCGUCGGCCGCGGCGAGGACCUCGCGUGCCUUCUAUCCGCAUGUCCUUCCAUGCGCGCUUUGUAUUUGGACGGUGCACGCAUGCGGCCUCCAUGGGAGCAAGGCGACAGCGAUUCAUCGACCAUUACUCAUCCUCUACACACACUUGGAGAUCCGGAGGCUGGAGCUCGAAUCGCCACCUCCGAUCUAUUCCUUGAAUGCCGACCCUUGCUCCGCGCCGUGGACGAUACGUUGGAGGAGCUGGUGCUGUCCGUGGCCGGAAACAGGUUACCCAGACGAAGUCUGGCGGGAUCCCUACCUCCUUUGAAACGUCUGCGUCGAGUCCACUUACGCGUUAAGAUUCAGGAUACAAAAGAAUCCACCCCGAGGCGGUACGAGUGGAUGGUCAGAUUCCUCCGGUUGCUCUCCGCGUGGGAGGGGAAAGAGCACCUCUCAGAGGUCGUCCUCACUUGGCGGACAUCCGAUUUGUCCAACAUGAAGCGUUGCCCGUGGGACGAGUUCGAUGCUGCCAUGACGGGAUUGGCAAAGAACACCAGCAAACUGAAAUUCACCCUCAAUAUAUUGGACAAUAGCGAAACUCAGAACCAGUGGCUUUAUAUGACAAGCUUGGGCUUGCAAUGCUUUCCAUCCCUGCAGCAAGCGCGCACGACGCUCGCGGUUAACAUGGGUUCCUCAUGGAGCGAUGAUGAAAGUUUCGGUGGAUGCCUGGACAAUCCAAAGCAAUGGACAUUUAAUGCGAUGCUCGCAAAGUACCGAUUGUAGGACUCUGCACUCGUUGACUUCGACAGUGUACUGCCAUACGGAGGACAGUUGUUUAAUGGACUCGGAUAGCAGAUUUUGUCCACCAAGUUGUCACAUUUAUCAAGUAACAGAAGUGUGCUCAAGUUUGUACAUACUCGGAUUAUAAACCUUGUUGCGUACGCGUGC